AUGAAAGAAUCCUAUACUCCCCUACGGGCUGGAUCCGAUGAAUACGAAGGUACACCCGAAAACCUAGCUUUUCUACCAGAAUCACGGCAAUCGUUGAAGCCAGUUUGGAAGAAAUCAGGAACUCUUCUCCUCAUUGCCGGUAACCUUCUUCUCUUUGUGGUCUCUCUUGGUUUUAUGGCAGUUUCCUUAGCGAAGGGGUGCUCGGAGCAAUAUUGUGCGGCACUUACCUCGAGCUAUUCACCCCUCCUAGAAUCUACGGCAGGCGUCAUUGAAUAUGAAACUGUGAUGUUUCAUGGAGCGCUGGAGUAUGAGAAUGUGUAUAAAGGCAGUCCGAAUAAGGCCUUGGACGACGCAUGGUCUUAUAUCAAGCACAUGGGUUCAACUCAAGUUGAUGCUGAAGUCCUUCCACGAAUCAACAAGUCUGAUAUUGCCGUCAAGUUUCCAGCCGAAUAUGGAGGGAAAUAUAUGAGUGGAAUUGAAGUGUUCCAUCAGCUACAUUGCCUGGACCUUGUGAGGAAGUACACCUACAGAGAAUAUUAUGAUCUGUCGGAGAAUAGACCAGAGGAAUUCACGGACUCAGAACCAACACUCAGGAAACAUGUUGAUCACUGCAUUGACAUGCUCCGCCAAUAUCUCAUGUGUGCUGGUGAUGUGGGAAUCGUUACCAUGAACUGGGUAGAGAAGUUUGGAAUCUACCCUGACUUUAGUACCCAGCAUAAAUGUCGCAAGUUUGACAAAAUAGUGGAGUGGGCAGACGAACACGCUGCCCCGUCUCUACCAUACAACGGGGGGGGAUCCGACCUCGAGUGCUGA